CAAACGAUCCCAACCCGAACAAUCCCAACCCGAACAAUCCCAACCCGAACAAUCCAAACUUUUUUUCUAGUCCCGCUUACACUCCGACUAUGGAUUCUUCGUGGGGGUCUCCACCAUUUACGUUCUCGGGUUUCCAACAAUCACCUAACGCCUUCAAUCAAAUGUCCCAACUUCAACAAAUGCAACAAUACCAAGCAUUCCAACAAUUCAUGCAACGCGGCUCGCUUCAACUUGAUCAAUUCCAAUCGCAACCGCCAACUUCCCAACCACAACCCUCGGUUCACCUUGACGAUGAUGAUGAAGUCGUCCCCGAAUCGCCACCAAAAGAACUCAAGCGCAAAAAAAAAAAAACAGGGGGAAGGGGAAGGCGGUUGAAACCGAACCCGUCACCGAAAAAAAAAAGCGGUUCGAGAGCAAAGCCGAGACCGUGGACAAAAGUAGAGGAGGAGGCGCUAGCUAUCUCGUUUAUUAAGGCCUCAACUUGCCCGAUUGUCGGGAACAAUCAAUCGGGUUCUGGUUUUUGGAAGAAAUGUACGGAAAGGUUUAAUACCCUUAUGGGGGAAGGCCCCUACCGUGAUCUCGAAUCCGUAUCGGGCAAGUGGCGGAAAAUGAACAAGUGCGUGAAUGAUUUUAUCGGGAUUUAUAACCCACUUUACAUCCAUCGUCCUAGUGGGACUAGCGACGAGGACGUUCUUAACCUUGCGAUAUCUAAAUGGGAAACAAAAAAUCCGCCUUUCCCGCACCUCCGAGCAUGGAACGUUUUAAAGAAAGACCCUAAAUGGGCGCCGAUUCCAGAUGAGGUCGCAACCGCCAAACGGACUAAAACUUCCGAGUCCGGAAGUUAUAGCGCGGGAGGCUCCACCGCUCGUUGUCAAAUCGACAUAUACGACGAACCGGAUUAUGAGGAACAGGAAUAUCACGAACUGGGUCGUCCCACCGGAAGGGACAAAGCAAAAAAAGAGGCGGCUGCAAAGCGCAAAGGGGCCGGCUCGAGUGGAGGUGGCGGCUCGGGUGGAGGUGGCGGCUCGAAGGCGUCUUCGAAAAUGGACGACUUAAUUUCCCAAUUCCGUUCGUUCCAAGAAUUUGCGGCCGAAAAAUAUAGUCACAAGAAAAACGUGUCGGCUGACUAUGCUCGAGCGGAGGAUUUUAGGAUAAUGAGGUUGGAUCUCGACUCGGUUCCGGAGGAGGAACGAGAGGUGUAUCGAAGGAUGAAGGAAGAGGUGAAGAAAAAGUGGACGUCGUAG